AUGAAUGUUGUUGUUACCAAAGAUGAUCUACAAAAAGUACCCCCUGAUAUAUGUACUGGAAGCAAGCGAAUAUCUCAUAUGGAUUUAUUAAUAAAAAAUAUAAUAUACGAAGAAUGGGACCCUGAUGAGAACAUUUGUUUGGAAAAGAUAUUAAAUAUUAUGAACAAUGUUAAGAAUUCUACAUUAUGGGCGACAUGGAUUUGGGAUGCAAUGCAAAGCCCUACAGGCUUGUUCUUCGGUGCGAAAUAUCAGUUUGGCAACUACGAUCAAUGUAUGAAAGCUCCGUGGCUAGAAACUCAUCCCAAAUAUCGCACUCAGUACUGCCUUGUUGAUGUUACACUAGCUAAAGCAGAGUUGAAAGAAAUAUCAGUUGAUCCUGAAAGUUCCGUAGAAGUUUAUAUUAAUUCUAUUUCAAAACAUGGUGUGACAUUUAACACAUUAUCGUUGGGAGUGUGCUUGCCAUAUGAAUGUCAAUCGAAAUCCAUUAAGAAAUUUGUCAAAGUUCUCUUCGAGAUUGGCCAUCUUGGAAACGCCGUACCGGAAGUGGAUAUAGCCGUAGACCACUGCCAAGUUGCCGGUGCUUCCGCCGAAUAUUCCAGAGAGUUCUAUAUUGUUGUAACAAUUUUCUCAACAAUCAUUUUUUUAAUUAUAUUAGGCAAUAUAAUUGGUUAUGAAGAGUCUAAAAAUGCCAAUUCUUUAGUUAAUAAACUUCUAAAAGCAGCUUGUAUCGAAAGGAAUCUAUUAUAUUUGAAUAAAUCUAGUGAAGACGACAUAAGAGUGAUGCACGGAAUGAGAUCUAUUUCUUCCGGGAUAGUGGUGGGCUUGCACGUGUGGUUUGUUAGUGUUUACAUAGUGCCUGGUAAUAGCUUGCAAAUUGAUAUGGAUGUAGAAAAAUACAAAUUGUCAAGGCUCUACCACGCAGAACUUGUAGUGGACACAUUCCUUAUGAUGUCUGGACUACUGCUAAUUAAAGGUCUAAUAGCGAGUGGAAAUAUUAACCCGUUUGUAUGGCUCUUUAAACGAUAUUUGAGUGUAACCCAA